AACGAAGGACGAAAACUUUGAAAACACUAUUUCUAGUCUUUGCAAUAGGAAGUAGGUGUCCCCCUCGCCCAGCCUCCACCUCGUCCAGCCUCCACGCGGUGAAGGCCGCCAACCUUCAGAAACCUCGGCUUCUAAGAAACCUCCAAUACCCUUUGCUCUCCUCUAUAUAUAUCCAUCGCAAUCUAUCAGCCUUUUCAUAUAUAUCUUAUCCAUUUAUUACCCAAUCUUUUCUUCUCCCUUUCUUUCCUCCUAUAUAUUUCAUCUCAUUUCUUUAAAACUUACUACUUUUUUCCUCCUUGUUGUUCAAAUUAAAUCCAAAGAUGAGUCACAUCCAGCAGAAUCAGCCUUCAGUUGCCUACCCACCUGCGUCUACUGCACCAGGACCCUAUGUGGCUGCACCACCAGCUGGUUACCCUAUGAGCAAAGACGGUCAAGAGCAAUAUUCUCAAAAUCCUGUUGCCCCCGAAACCAAGUCCAGAGGUGAUGGAUUCUGGAAGGGAUGUUGUGCUGCCUUGUGCUGCUGUUGUCUUUUGGAUGCAUGCUUUUGAAGAUUUCCAGAGCUUUAGAAGCUUAAUCAUGUUCAUUCAUUAGAGUUUCCAUUUGUUUAUAGGAUUAUUAGUUUGAUUUGUUUUAUUCUCAUUCGGUGAGAAAUUAUAUGUUUUUUCCUUGAUGAACAUGGGGAUGAGACGGCUAGGUUUCUUUCCUAGUGCUUUUUUGUUUGAAUAAAUCAUUAUUGUAUUUUUUUUCUAUGGUGGUUGUAUUGUCGCAAUCAGUUUUUUUAUUUUAUAAUUUAAAGAAGAAGAUUCAAAUUUUACUUUUUAAA